AUGUUGCUCGCAGUUGCAGGAGUGUCGACCGACACCGGCCACACUUCUACACAGGGAAGCGGAACGUGGGCUGGUCCGCAUAACGAUAAUGCAAUUGUGGAUUGGGCGUGGAGGGCGUUACAUAUGAGCGUCGUCACGGGCAAGGAGGUAGUGAAACAAUACUACGGCCAAGCACAAGACACGUCACUCAAGGAGGUACAAACUUUCCCAGAAGACUUUGAUGGUGUCAUCGUCGGAUCGCCUGCCAACUGGCAGACGCACCUGCAAGACUGGUCCAUCCACAUGAACCUGAAUGUGCAGCCAUCGAACUCGACACGCUUCAUCAACGCAUCUGUCUGGGAGAACGUCAUUCAUCCUGAGGUGCUGCGCCAGUGCGACGCCAUCGAUGGGCUCGCGGACGGGAUCAUCAGCGACCCGCGGUUCUGCGACUUCCGCCCGGAGAUGCUGACGUGCCGUCCCGGUCAGGAUGCCUCGACUUGCCUGACGCUCGACCAGAUUGCGGCAGUUCAACGCAUAUACUCUGACUAUGUCGUGGGCGAUCAGCAAUGGAUCUUUGGAUCGUACUAUCCCGGAGGCGAAGAGAAGUAUGGGAGCGGCCUUGUGUCGAGCAAGCCAUUCUCUAUUGGCGAGGACUGGUUCCGCUACUUUGUGCUCAACGACACGAAGUGGACUAUUGAGGACUACAACUCUUCUGUAAUUCCGAUUGCGGACCACAUCAAACCGAUGGCUAUCGAGAAGAACCUCACCAGUUUUAUGGGGCCCGGACACAACGGCAAGCUGCUGCAGUACGUCGGAUGGGCGGACCAGCUCAUCAGCCCCGGCAACUCGUUGCACUAUUACGAGAGCGUUCACGCGUGGACGAACGCAAACACCAACAUGGACAUCGAUGAUUUCUAUCGCCUAUUCACGGUGCCCGGCAUGAACCAUUGUGACGGUGGCUACGGAGCCAACGCAUUCGGUGCGGUGCAGCAAGCCUCCGGCGGUAUGCCCCCUCUCUCGCUCGAUCCCGAACACAACAUCCUUGCCGCGAUGGUGCAGUGGGUCGAGAACGGCGUCGCGCCUGCAAAUCUGACGGCAGUCUACUGGAACAACAAUAAUGUCACAGAUGGGAUCGGUUUCACGCGUCCGCUGUGUCAAUAUCCGAAGACGCUGCGUUACAAAGGGGGGAAUAAUGUGACUGCUGAUAGCUUCACUUGCGUGUGAAGCGGUGAGCAAUUUGGGACUUCGUCGGUUUAUUGUGGUAGUCAGGAGUGACGUGAUUGAGCGGACUAUUUAUGCCAGGUUAUAUCGCACUCGCCAAUUAAUCGUACAGUUAUGCUAUUUAUGAUUGGUAUCC